UAGUCCGGUCCGGGUCAGCGUCGGUGUCGCGUGCCCGCUCCCCGGCGCGGGAAGCCUCGGCUGUGGCCCCCGGCGGGGCGCGGACACCGGCACUCGGCCGCACAGGGAGCCCCUCGCUACCCCCAAUCGCUGCAGGAGCCGCCGCAGCCCGGGCCGAGCUAGCGGGUUCCUGCGAUUGUAGCACAUUUGGUGACUUCCAAGUUUUAAAUCAUGGAUACAGAACAGAUCAUGGAGGGGCAGGCACAGGUUCCAGAAAAUCCUCAUGCUGAAUAUGGCCUUACAGAAAAUGUAGAGAGGAUAGUAGAAAAUGAGAAGAUUAACGCAGAGAAAACAUCAAAGCAGAAGGUGGAUCUUCAGUCAUUACCUACACGUGCCUACUUGGAUCAGACAGUUGUGCCUAUCUUACUACAGGGGCUUGCUGUACUUGCAAAGGAGAGACCGCCAAAUCCCAUUGAAUUCCUAGCAGCGUAUCUUUUAAAAAACAAGUCACAGUUUGAGGACCGAAAUUAAUUCCAUGGGAAGAGGAGGACAGUUUGGCUGCUAAACUUACAUGCUAAUUUGCCAUGAUUCAUUCUUUGCUGUAAAAAUCAUACAGAACCACCAAUGUCUUUCAUAACUGCACAAUUUCCCUUAUCUUUUGAGUUAUUUAAUAAAGUACAUUUUUAUUCUCACUAGUCUUAAA